AAAGCUAGUUGUUAAAAAAUAUAAGUAGGUGUCAACUUUUUUUAUACGGCAAAUUAGUAGUGUUUAAUGAAAUAAUAUAUAAAUUCCUAAAAGAUAAAGAUAAGAUAAAAGACAUUUAUUUGUAAAACAUGAGUAUACAUGGGUAAUGUAAGAUGUUAUAACAAUAUAUUAUUGACCUUCAUGUUUUGCUGUAUAUACAGCGUACAAAUUUUUCAUUAUAAUAAUCAUAAUCAUAAAUUUUACAUUUACAAAUAAGUAUUACAGUACAAUAUAAUGGCAUAUUUUUGCAUGUAAUCGUUCAGUUUUUCUUUUUUAUCGAAACAAAAAUAAAAUUAAUAAAAUGGGUAAAAGGUCAUAAUAUUAGGAAUCUGUUAGAAAAUCUGUUAUAGUAGCACCUGUUAAUUAAAUAUUUUUUCAGAUGUACUUUAAAAAGUUUUAAAUUUAAUGAUUUUAUUUCUUUUGGUACUUUAUUAUAGAUUACUGGAGCCAAACAAAGAAUGCUAUUGUGCAUUAAUGCAGUGUUUGACCGUACUAUGCAAAGUUUAUUAUUAUCUCUUCGACUACGACUGACUACAUCCGAGAGACGGCUAAAUAAGUUUGGAUUUGUUUUAACAAAGAUUGCAGUUUCAUAAAUUAAUAGACACGAUAGGGUUAAAAUUUUAUAUUUAAUAAAGUACGGCUUGCAACUAUCUAUUGUAUCUAGUCCGAACAUUGCCCUAAUGCACCUUUUUUGUGAUUUAAACAAUACGUCUUUGUUUGUUGAGUUACCCCAGAAUAGAAUGCCAAACCUUAAGAUAGAGUCUACAAUGCCGUGGUAUGCCGUGACUAGUGCUUCUGAAUUUACGAUCGAUGAAAGUUUCCAUAAAGCAUACGACGAGGAACUUAAUCUUUUGUUAAGUUCUUCAGUAUGGGCCUUCCAAUUUAUAUUUUUAUCGAUGAUAACUCCCAAGAAUUUUGUAUGGUCAAUAGAAAGUCACUCAGUGGCGUCCCUUGAUAAUUAAUAUUUAUUUGGGGAGUUGCUUUGCGUUGGCUGAACCACAUAAUCUUUGUUUUUCCUAAAUUUAUUUUUAGAUUAUUGUUGGUCAUCCAAUUAAUUAUCGAGCCGAUAGUAUCAUUUAUUUCGUUUUCCUAAGUCUAUCUUCUUCUUCCAUUACGCAAAAUGAAGGGCCAAUCCUGUAAGUACAUUACUAUCUAUCAAAUGGACUAUGAAACGAAUCGAAACGCGUUUCUACAAUUUCAUUCUACUCGACGCUAGAUGGCAGCUAAAUACAACAGCGGCUACCACGGCUCCCCAAUGAUCUUAUGGGCCGUACCAUAGACCAUUGAAAACUUGACGUUUCAUGUCAAAACAAACAAACAUACAUACACAUUUUUCAUGUCAAAACAAGCUACAAAAACACAGAAUUCUGAGCUUUUUACAGCUCUUAUUUUAUUUUGAUAAUAGCUAGGUAUAGAAGAAGAUAUGGUUAAUUAUUGUUGCGUAUACGGAUGCACCCGAAAUAAUCGAACGAACAACAAUUUGAACUUUUUUAGUUUGCCGAAAGAAAGGCACCGACUUCAGAAAUGGCUUGAAGCUAUAGGGCGUGCGGAAUUACUCGACCUCAAGAAACUGAAUCAUCGUGUAUGUUCGCGCCAUUUCGCUCCAGCCGAUAUUAAAAAUAAACACUUGUGUGCUGAUGCAAUUCCAACAUUAUACUUGCCUAGCAAUGGUGGAGGCAAUGAAGACACAAAAGGCAUAUAUGUCCAUGAUCAUAUUGUGUGUGACAGCUGUCGCAAACCUAUCUUUGGUUUCCGCUACAAAUGUGUGACUUGUGAAGACUAUGAUCUCUGUGCUAAGUGUGAGAUGCUAGAGGCACACCCACAGCACUUCUUUGUAAGGGUGCCAAAACCAAUUAAUUUUAUGGAAGGCGACAAUAUCGUCAAGAAACUACAAGGAGUUUUUAGAAAGGAAUAUCAACAAGACAACAGUAGUGAUGACGAUGUCCCCAUUACGAAAUAUGCUAGAAACCAUGAUACGGGCUUAGAAGUGCCCGAAAACAUUAAAGAGCUAAUCCGAAAUGAAAUCAACCGAGUCGUACACAUGAAACCGAUAGACAAAUGUAAAGAAGAAACAAAAAGAAAAAUGGAUGCAAAAAAAAAAGGAACUAUAAAAAAGAAAAAAGUUGAAUUACCUGUUGUCAAAGCUGUUGAUAAUACUUUAGAUGCUAUGGCGCCAAUGGCACCAGAAGUGGCUUUUGCUGAUGUCAAUGAUAUUAAAGAAAAUCAGAUGUUAGAUGUCAAGGAUGAAAUACCUAACUCGCUAACGCCUCUUGGAGGAGGUGAACAGGAGUCAUCAGCAUCUGUAUUACACAAUAUAAAACUGAACGAUGAUCUAUCCGAGUUCCUCAUAGGGGUAAAAUACCCUUGAUAUACACCUACCUACACUAAAUUAUGAUGCACACCCAGCUGUGGGCGCCCAACGCCCAAUCUUAUAGGAUUAUACCUAUAAACUUAACGAUUAUGUUACAAAGGGAAGAUCGUGUAGAUAUUAUUUCAGUAUAUUUGUAUUGUUACCUCAAAAUUUUACCUUUGUCACAUUGAAACCCUCUUUAGAAGAAGACAUGCUGCGCCAACCCCAAAUAAAAAUAAUUGGAAUAAAAGCAGGGGAAUGAUGUUGAUUUAUUCGAAGAUCUCAUUUAAUGCGCGAUUGAUGUAUAGGUACCUAUUAAAAAAGAUACGCGCAUUUAAAAACGCUAACAAUGUAUAUUAAAUGACCGUAAAGGUUAGUAGUGCAAUAAGUCCAAACAGAAGAGUAUAAAAUAAAGAUCUGUAAAUGUAAUUACAAAUAAAAAACCGUAUUUUGUAUGGG